AUGCUUAACAUUGAAGCCGAUAUAAAACUGUACAAUUUUCCUAUAUUUGCCAUCUACUCUGGCAAUGUCAUCAAGAUGGAGGUCAAAGGCAAAGGAGACGGAGGCUCUGUGUACCUACAUACAUCCGACUUCAACUUGAUGUACUAUGCAAUCCGUUAUGCUGAAAAAGACGUCAUGAUGAUGGUCAAAGCCGCGUUUGCUGGGUACUUUAGAGUAUAUGAAAAGACUGAGAUCAAGGAUAGCACGAGUCACUACAGGGAACAGCGAGAGGAGUCAGAGGCUGACCGUCCUGUAAGCCAGCUUACAAGAUACAGGGUCUUGCAUCAUAUCGCGUCCAAUUGGACUCAAAGCUUUGUAAAAGUUAAAGGCCGUGUUGACCUGGCCACUUUCUGCCGACCUUUGGAGGGCCUGCGUCUGGAAUUGGUUAAAAAGGACUUUAUGGAAGAAACAAGCGGCCAGAACGCCUAUGCACUUGAAAGACUUCGAGCCCAGAAAGUCAGACAAGAACAAGCCGCCUUGUUGACAGUAGAACCACUUCCCCGGCAUCUACUCUUUUGA